AUGGAGGAUGUCUCCACGCUCAUUCAAGAGGCCAUUCCCUCUGCGGAUGCCGCAGAUGCACCGGCCGAGCCAACGGCUCCUGCGCAGAUCCGGGUCAUCCUCCAGCGGAUGAGUGGAGAGGAGUCAGAGGUUCAUCUCCCAAAGGAUGCGACGCUGCAAGACCUGCGGAAGGAAGUCGAGAAGUCAAGCACCGUGGGCCAGUGUGCUUUCCGCCUUCUUUUCAAUGGUGAGCCCCUGGGCUGGACAGCCAGCGCCACAGUGACACUGGUGCAGCUGGGCAUCGUGGACGGCAGCGUGGUGAUCCUCAUGAUGGAGCCUUCGAGGAACUACGCACGGAUUGAGAAGCCGGAGUACGUCUUGACAAGCGACCAGUAUCCGAACGGCUUGGCGUUCGACCCUCGCGGAAGGCUUGCGGUGGCGCACUUUUUCGGCUCGCUUGAGGUUUGGGAUACCGACUUCGCCACCAAGCUUUACCAGGGCCAGAUGGGGGGCAGACAGCCCAGCCAGAUCUGCUUCGGCCCAGGCGGCGAGCUCGUGGUGGCCUUUCGGAGCGGCUAUGUGCAGUUGCUGGGCCCUGAUGACUACAGCCAGAAGGGCCCGCAGUUACGUCCCCCUUCGGAUGCCUUUCAUCCCUCUGGCCUCGCCGUGGUUGGAGAGCGGGUUUUCGUGAGCUGUUCUCGAACUUCGACGCUUCACCAGUUCAGCUUGCGCGACGGAAGUCAUCUGCAGCAGCGGAAAGGCGGAUCGCAUUGGGAGCUGCAAGAGCCGAGCGGCAUGGCAGUGAUCGAGGAUCGCAUCCUGGCGAUUGCCGACCGCGGGCUGCACCGCGUGCUGCUCCUGGAUGCGGAGAGCCUGGAUUUCCAUGGUCAGGUCCCGGAUCCCCAGACUUGGCGCUCGCAACAAGCUCCGGGCGCCCUGCAAAAGCCGAACGACGUCGCCGUUGACGCGGCAGGCAACUUGCUUGUCAUGGACACCCAGAACGAGCGGGUAGCCGUGUAUCGCCAGGAUGGAUCGCUCGUGGCCAGCGUCAUGGAGGGUUUCUUCAAGGACCAUGGUAACACCUUCAGCUACCUCUCAUGCAACCAUGAAACUGGGUACAUUGCCAUCUCCAACAACGAUGAGCACCGGGUUGCGGUCCUGGCACCACCGUGA